GUGCAACGGUUUUCUCGCGCUCAGGACUUCACCGGAGUUGGGUCGCUCCCGAAACCGAAGCAGGCGUCGGUCGCGCCAAAUUUCACAUUCAUUCGCAGUCGCCGCCUACUCAUUAGAAUACGAUCGAGUUUUUUUUGUGCUUUCUGGGCCAUCAGAACAGAACGUGCCGUUAUCAGUGGCGCUUUGUGCGAUGUCCAAAAAACAGCCAAGUGGUGUGCGAUUGUGACUAAAUAGCUGCUGAAACCCAAAAUCCCAGUUUGAUUGAUUAGUGUAGUGCGGUGUGAGGGACUGUGAAGAUGGGUCCCCUUUUUCGGGUGAUUUUCGUGAAUUUCUUAGUUGUUGUUUUCGUAAGGACGGGUCAAACUCAAGACGCGCAGGAUCGACCUAGUUAUCGAUUGCCACGGGAAGUCGUUCCGGAGCACUAUGAUCUGGAGGUGCAUACCCAUCUGGGUGAUGACGUAGAUGAAGGGUUUCGAUACUUCGGUGUAGUUAACAUUACGGUUACAUCGAUGUACGAUUCGGCCAACGUCACCCUGCAUUCAAAGGAUCUCACUAUCGACGAGAACAGAACCUCUAUCGUCAAUCUCAGCACCUUUCAACCAUUACCCAUCGACACGGUCGAUUACGAUCUGCAGAACGAUUUCCUAAUCAUCCGCGUCGGCGGAAGUGAUCAGCUCAGAGCUAAUGACCGAUACCUACUGAGCAUACCGUUUGAAGCGGAACUUAAGACGGACGUCAUCGGCUAUUACCGAAGCAGUUACGUCGACUCAGAGAGCGGACAACGAUCAUGGCUUUCGAUAACUCAGUUCCAAGCGAUUCACGCCCGCCGUGCGUUCCCCUGCUUCGACGAACCGGAGCUGAAAGCGACCUUCAAUAUCUCCCUGGGACAUCACAAGAGAUACAACGCCCUGUCCAACAUGCCACAGAUGAGUUCGGAGGUGGAUCCAGAUCAGCCCAACUGGGUCGUGGAUCACUUCGAACAAAGCGUGAUCAUGAGUUCCUAUUUGGUGUCGUACUCGAUCAACGAUUACGGCUAUGCGGAAGCUCCCGCUAGUAACUCCACCGACGUCAAGGUUCGCUCCUGGACCCGCAAGGAUGCCCUGGAAAACGUCCGAUACGCUAACGAGAUCGCUCCCAAGUUGAUCGAGCUGUACGAGCAGAACUUCCGGUUGAAGUUCCCGCUCCCGAAAAUGGACUUCAUAUCCAUUCCGGAUAUGCUGUUCGCGGCCAUGGAGAACUGGGGUCUCGUCACGUACACGGAAGCCGGGUUGGAGUUUUCGGCGAGCAGUGGAACGCUGGACGAUCGACACUUUGUGGCUUCGGUUGUGGCGCACGAGAUCGCACACAUGUGGUUCGGCAAUCUGGUGACCAUGCGCUGGUGGACGGAUCUCUGGCUCAACGAAGGCUUCGCGCGGUACACGGAGUUCCAAGCGGUGGAAUAUCUUCAUCCAGAGAUGCGAUCGCUGCAGGAAAUUGUGAUCGAGGAUGUGUUGGAAAUUUUUGAGUUUGAUGCGCUGAACAGCAGCCACCAGGUGUCGAUCGCGAUCGGUAAUCCGGAGACGAUUCCGCAGUUGUUCGACUCCAUUUCGUACAAGAAGGGAGCCGCAUUGGUGAGGAUGAUGAACAUGUUUUUGGGGGAUGACACGUAUCAUCGUGGGGUGGGUCGGUACUUGGCGAGGUUUAAGUUUGGGAAUGCUGAGCAGGAUGAUCUGUGGCAGGCUCUGACAGAGGAGGCGGAAGAAAGUGGGAACUUCGCGGAGGGAUUCGACGUAAAGGCGGUCAUGGACACGUGGACUCUCCAAACGGGUUAUCCCGUGGUGUACGUAGAACGAGACUACGAUCAACAGACGAUGACCUUCCGACAGAUGAGGUUUAUGCACGACGAAACGAUCGACGAUCCGGCUUGUUGGUGGAUUCCGUUGACCAUAUCGACCUCGCAGUAUCCGUAUUUCAACCAAACUCUACCGCAGUGCUGGUUGGGUUGCACUAAGGAUACGACUCCGUUCCUGACGAAUCUGCCCUGCCGUACGGAGUGGGUCAUCGUGAACAACCAAAUGGCGGGAUUGUACAAAGUUCAGUACGAUCAUCACAACUAUCGGCUUUUGGCAAACUUCCUGAAUGGACCCAACUACGAGAGGAUCAACGCGAUCAACCGGGCUCAGCUCGUGGACGAUGCCAUGGACUUUGCCUGGGCAGGAAUUCAGGACUACUCAAUAGCAUUCUCACUUCUAAACUACCUACGGAAUGAAAUCGAGUACGUGCCAUGGAAGGCGACGCUGACCAAUUUGGAGAGCCUCGAUCGAGUUCUUUUGGACUCCGAUCAGCACGACAUGUUCAAAGCGUACGCGAGUCAUCUGCUGCUGCCACUGUACAACCGUUUGAACAUCUUCGGGAGCAGCUUCUCGGGCGAUCGGUUGGGCCAGGUAAGGCUGAAGCAGCUGGUGACGGGUUGGGCUUGCAGUAUGGACAUGGGAGAUUGUGUGGUGAAUUCGCUGAAGCUGUUCAACCUCUGGGUGACCAGUGGGAAGAACCCGGUGCCGCUGGAUCUGCGAUCGACGGUGUACUGCACGGCAAUACGGGAGAGCUCCCGGACGGAGUGGGAAUUCUUGUGGGAUCGGUACCGCGAUGCGGGUGUGGUCAGUUCAGAACGGGCGGCCAUUGCAGAGGGGUUGGCUUGUACCAGGGAUCGGGCGCUGAUCGGGAGGUUGUUGGUGUGGUCGGUUGAGGAAGACUCCGAGCUGAGGUUGGACGAUACGACGGUGGUGUUCCAGGCGAUUGCCGAUCAUAAGGAGGGCGUGGAGAUGGCUAGCAGUUUCCUGUUCGAGAACAUCGACAAGAUGGUCGAUUACGUAAAUCCGGAAACGUUCGAAUCCCGACUUGCUAGCCAUGUGAAGGUUUUGGCCCAGCAGGUUACCACUCGGGAAGAGCUGGAGCAGCUGGAACAGUUCGUGGACCAGAAGGAAUCCAUACUGGCGGGUAAUUCGAUUGCCAUUGGACAGGCCCUCGAGCUGGCUCGGAUCAAUAUUCAAUGGGUGGAGAAUCGGUUGGAAGGGUUCGCGGCGUAUUUGCGGCAGUUGGAGCAGCGGGAAUUUGAUGCGACGCAGAUGGAGUGGUUUUGAUGACGAUGGUUUUAGUCAUUUCCGAUAGUUUUAUGUAAAUGUGACAUGCGAAAUAUAAAUAUUCUAGAUCGGU